AUGGAAGAGUCCAAAGAAGCCAGUGGAGAAAAUGAAAGACUGCCAAGAAUUGCAGCUCCAAACCCAUAUAGAAUAGAUGACUUAGAGCCAGGAAAAGAAUACAGAUAUUGUACAUGUGGAUUGUCAAAAACCCAGCCAUUUUGUGACGAUGCUCACAUAGGUACUGAGUUUCAGCCAAUAACCUUCACAGUUGAAAGAAAACAGAAAAUGUGGUAUUUAUGUGGAUGCAAGCAUAAUGACAAAAGGUCAGGGCCAUUUUGUGACGGAUCUCACAUACAUUUGGAAUGGUAA